CUUCUCACCCUGCUGGGAGCCCCUUCGCGCCGCUGGGGGAGGCGAGGCACUUCCCCGCCCUUUGCGGGGCUGCCAGGGGGAGAACGGACCGGGCGCUGGGGGCUCGUCCCGGCCCCUGGCCCCGGCAGGAGUUCGGCAGCGCGGGCCGGCUGAGGGGCCCGCUCCUCCCUGGCGGGGCCAGGCCCGGCUGGCCCGGCUGAGGCCCGCUCUCCACCUUGGAGAAUUUCUCGUCUUCCAUCGUGGCCUGGAAGAGUUUUCAGAGGCGCAGCCGUGUCAGUCUGUGUCUGCGAAAGGGACGGGAGGACUCGGGGCACCUUAGAGAGGAACCCGCUCAUUUGAGCAUCAGCUUUCGUGGGCUGCCGCUUGCUUGGCAUAAAGUGGAGAUCGUCGUUUGGACAGUGGCGUAGAGGACUUGUCCCCACCGCUCUUCUGUCUUGCUGCAGGGUGGCCCGUCUCGGGGUUUGCAGGAGACACAGAGGCUGCUGACCCCUGUGAAUAGCUAUGGGUCUCAGGAUGGGGGGGCCGGGCCAGGCGUGGGCUCCGCCUCCCUUCUGCCUGAGGAGGAAGACUUGCGCAGGCGCCUCAAGUACUUCUUCAUGAGCCCGUGUGACAAGUUCCGCGCCAAGGGCCGCAAACCCUUCAAGCUGGUGCUGCAGAUCAUCAAGAUCAUCAUUGUCACCAUCCAGCUCAUCCUCUUUGGGCUCAGCAAUCAGAUGGUGGUGACGUUCAAGGAGGAGAACACCAUUGCUUUCAAACACCUGUUCCUGAAGGACUAUGUGGACGGGUCGGAGGACACAUAUGCUGUCUAUACGCAGAGGGACCUCUACGAUCACAUGUUCUAUGCCGUGGAGAAGUACUUGGCCAUUCCUAAUGAGACCAUCGGGCGCUAUGCCUACGUGCGUGGGGAGUGCAGCAGGAACCAGUCGGCCCUCACGCUGUGCCAGCAGUACUAUCGCAAGGGGCAGAUCGACCCUGCCAAUGACACUUUCAACAUCGACCCCAAGAUCAUCACAGACUGCCUGGGUGUGGACCCCAUGGAGAGGAUGCCCGGGCCCCUGCAGCCCCACCCCAGCUACCGGAACUUCACGCUCAAGUUUCACAAGCUCAUUAACGUCACCAUCCAGUUUAAACUGAAGGCCAUCAACAUCCAGACGAUCAUUAACAAUGAGAUCCCGGACUGCUACACCUUCACCAUCACUAUCACGUUUGACAACAAGGCUCACAGUGGCCGGGUGAAGAUCAGCCUGGACAACAAAGCUGACAUCAAAGAGUGCAAGGACCCCAGCGUGUAUGGCCGAGGAGACAACACCUUCCGCGUGUUCUUUGACGUGGCUGUGAUCCUUGUUUGUGUGCUGUCCUUCAUCCUGUGUGCCCGCUCCAUCAUCCGGGGCUUGAUGCUGCAGCAUGAGCUGGGCCAUUUCUUUCAGAGAUGCUACAACCAGGAUGUCUCCCUGUCAGACCGCAUGGAGUUUGUGAAUGGCUGGUACAUUCUGCUGGUGGUGAGUGAUGUCCUGACAGUGUCUGGGACCAUCAUGAAGAUCGGAAUUGAGUCAAAGAACUUGGCCAGCUACGACGUGUGCAGCAUCCUUCUGGGCACCUCCACACUCCUGGUCUGGGUCGGGGUCAUCCGCUACCUCAGCUUCUUCCAGAAAUACAAUAUUCUCAUAGUGACCAUGAGGGUCGCCCUCCCCAACAUGAUCCGCUUCUGCUGCUGUGUGGCUGUCAUCUACCUGGGCUACUGCUUCUGCGGGUGGAUCGUAUUGGGCCCGUACCAUGUCAAGUUCCGCUCCCUCUCCAUGGUGUCCGAAUGCCUCUUCUCCCUCAUCAAUGGGGAUGACAUGUUCGUGACCUUCGCUGAGAUGCAACAGAACAGCUACCUGGUGUGGCUCUUCAGCCAGCUGUACCUCUACACCUUCAUCAGUCUCUUCAUCUACAUGGUGCUCAGCCUCUUCAUUGCACUCAUCACCGGCUCCUACGAGACCAUCAAGCACCAGUGUGAGGGUGAUGUGCCCAUCACACAGCUCCACAUGUAUAUUGCCGAGUGCAAAGACAGCCCAAGGUCUGGCAAGUUCCGCUGUGAUAGCAGCUCCUCCUGCUCGGUCUUCUGCUGCUGCGAGCGGGCUCCACUGCAGGACAACACGCUGGUGGUGAAUUGACAAUGCAGCUGCGGGAGAGCCUGAUCUGCGUACCUGUCACCCUGCUGUACUGCUGGGGAACUGAGCCUGUACAUGGAACUGCAUGGAGGGCAUUGGUCAUAGGGACAAUCCCAGCCCUGCGACCGCACCCAAUGGCAGCUGCCUCCCUGGCUGGACUCCAAGGACCGGUAGCAGGAGUGGGGCUAUGUGGCCCCCAAGCAGAGACGUGGGUGAGCUCUGUCCACCAAGAUGAACCCUGGAUCUGCUGAGUCAGCCCUUAGCCUAUAACACUGGCUUGGCUCGGUACGUGCUGGCCACGUGGGCUGGAACCUUGGGCCACAGCUUUUAUGUAGCACCUUUAUUUACCUUCUGGCUUUUACCAGGCUGUGUGAUCCUGGGGGGGGCGAAGCGGGGAGGAAAAGGGCUGAGGGACUCCCUUUGUCACUGCCACGGCAGUGCUAACCCUCAGCAGCAUCCUCCCCUUUUCCUCCCAGCCUGGGGCCCAGCAGAGACUGCUGUGUUUAUGUAGCGGAAGGAGUUCCCCUGAUGGAGCCCUUCCUCCCUUAGGCAGGGAAAGCCCAGCGUUGCAGGGGGCUAGGAGAGUUUGGGAAAGAUGCUACUCUCCAGACCUUGUUUCUGCUCUUAACACCCCCCUCUCCCAGUUGGGAACUGGUACCAUCCCCAGAGCCUGUGUCCUGGGUACUCUGUCAUUCUGCAUCUUGCUUUUUCCAGUCUCGGCUCUCUCUUCUCUGACUGCUGCAGAGAUGCCCCGCUGAGGGCAUCACUGAGUUAAGCUGUGCUGGGUGCUGUCUGCUGGACUCUUGAUAGGUUGGCUUUAGUUUUGAAGGUGUUUUUAAAAAUGUUUUCAAGCUGCCUCCCCCUCCCGCAACACGCAGUGCCAGGGAGGGGAGGGAACGACGGGGCCCUUCCUGCUGCCUCAAGAUGUUUAAAAAAGCCUUUGGGGCCAUUAUUUUUUUGUCUACAUUUGUUACUUUUAGAAACAGUCUGCUCUCCCCUGUUCCUACUGGAAAACCCUGUGGGAAAGGACAGGUUCUUUCCAUGCCAGCAGCAGCAUAGCCCCAGGGCCCUUUUCCAGUCACCUUGCCAUUUUAAUACUUUUAAAACCAUGUGUUUUUAGGAAUCGCUGCAGUGAAGACGCCAGCCUGUCCUGUGCGUUGUUUGCAGCCGGGCACUAGUGUGUGCGCUGAGAGUGGCUGCUGGCUAGCCUCUGUGGACCAAGACCAGUCAGAUCCUUUCCCCUAGGCCUAACUCUAACUCCAGGGAAUAACUCUGAAUCCUCCAGGUCCAGGGCCUGCUGGUUGUUCUAAAUUCCUCUCGCAUUGCCAGGGUCUCUAGCAUCCCCAUGAGCAAGCGAUGGCAGCAGAACCUGCCUCCCCUGCACACAGCCUCUGCACUCUGUUUGGUUUGUGCUGUUACUGGUGAGCACCUGAGCCAGGCAGUGUAACUGCGCCUCCCCAGAGGGCUGGCAAACAAAGGAAAGUGGACCAGGAGACCUCCCCUUCCCCACCCAUUCUCUGGAGUGGACUCCUAACAGCUGCAGGUACAAAAACAGGCAGAUGGAAAGGCGCGAUCUGAAGGAGUGUUGUGUGAUGCGCACAUAGUUACAUGCUACAGUGAAAAGUGGGCUGUGUCUACACUGGGUGUAUCUACAUAUCAGUGAAAGGCUUGUGAUGGGGGAGGCAGAGCCUUUCUCUGCAGCUGGAAACUUUUCCUGUAGUGGAGGAAGGGCACCAGCUGCAGGGCACUACCCUGCUAAAAAUAGCAGUGUAGACAGGGAGGCACAGCUUGGGCAAGUAAAGCUGUGUGGGGUAUGAACUCAGUACAAGUAUCUUUACCCACCCAAGCCACACCUCAUGGUCAACACUAUUUAUAGCCAUGUGAAGGGGGCUACAUGCUUCUGAGAGAGGGGGGCAAUGUAGACAUGCUUUUAAUGGUUUUAAGCAGCCUCUGUUCCUUUAAGGCCAUGUAGCUAAAAGCACAGUGGGGGAAGAUUGUGUCUCUGGUACCCAGCGGGAGCCCCCAUAAUCUAUAACUGGGCACAGGGACCAGAUCUCCUUAGGCUCCCCAUCUCCCUUGCAGCAUUGAGCCCCAGGCCCUGGCUGCCUGUUAUCGGUGAAGAAAGCCUUGUGCACUGGGCACUCACUGACCCACUGUGUGGAGAAUGAGCUAUGGGCUGCCCUCCACUCCCAACACCAAAUAGAGCUUGUGUCCUAUGCAGACUGGGAAGGCCCCCAGGGCUGGGCGUUCUGGAGCCCAGCUGGAGUCCCUGUGAAACAGGGGGUGUGGACAAAUUGGCAGCAGCUGGGGACAGACUUGGCAGCAUCCUGCCUCCACCUCCUGUGAAAUCACAAGCCUGUCCACUCUGAAUUCACUUACAGCCUGGAACUCUGCAGGAAAGGGUCUCCAGCAGGGUCAGGGCUGCGGGCUGGCAGCAGCAUGAGGAGCAUUUAAAUCUUCCUCUGGCAGAGCCCCCAACUCAGGAAGCUGGCACCUCUUUGGGCUUUGGAGAGUGUUCACUUUGCGGUGUUGGGGUCAGCAUAACCAGCUUUGGAGCUUGCCUGCAGCCCCUCUCCCUGGUCAGGGCUGUCAGUACUGGUGAUGUCAGUAGUACCUGCUCAUCUGUUGAGGGAGAUCCAGGUUUGGGCAGGUCCUUGGGCUGCUGAAUGCCACUGAGAUGAAUCCCCAUGAAGAUGAGUGUGGCUGUGAGCCAGCCCUGGUGAUGCUAGUUCAGACUGCGGCUCUCAACGAAUUGCACUUCAAUCAGAUUGUUGCCCAAACCCUGGUCAAUGCACACUGCAGCAGGCAGCUGGGUUCCUAGAGGCACCCCUACCUGAUGGCUUCUCCCAGCAGUGCCAUUGGUGCAUCAUCUCAAGUGAGUUCCUCCCCCCUUGCUUAAUGUGUGGCACUCUUCCUAUUGACUGGCAGGAGGCUGAGUGGCUUGUACAUGUUUUGUUUGGCUUGGAGCGUUGCCACCUGUGCUCAACUCCUGUGUCCCAGGACCGCAGCGGCUCUGUGAAAACCCCGCGCUCUGGACCAUGGGCGCUAGAUCCAGGCUGCACGGUAAGAGGUUCUCAAGUCUGGGGCUCCUUUCCCAUGUGCAUGCUCUGACCAUUGCUGCUCUGUUGAGAGCAGAGUUAAGCUGACAGGAGCACUUUUGAACAGCUCUGCUGGCCCUUCCACUGUAGUGUCUUUUCCCCCUGCUGAAGGGCCUGGUGCACAGCUGGCCUAGGCCCUAGUGACUGCUCCCAUGAUCUGUCUCCUCUGUGGCUGGCAGAGGCCUGUGCUGCUGGAGCUGGCUGAAGGGGCUGUUGAUGUUGCUCUGGGUGUGUUGUCUCGUGGGCUGUUGGACAGGAUGGGUCAAGGGCAUGUUUCAUAACACAAGCAGCUGUUCCCCUCUGGAAGCUGGCACGGUGGCAGCUCAGCAUUAUUAGUGUCCCCUCUCCCUCUUGGAAAACUCCACUGACAACUGGCCUCCUACAGCUUGUGCUGUCCCUCUGCUGUCUGUCUGCAUGGGCCACUGCUGUCAAGGGAGGAAGGGGGCCCUGUCUCUUCUAACAAGCCCCUUGCAUUCAGCCCUCUCAGUAGCUCCACAUUGCUGUCUGUCCCUCUCAGUGCAAUGGGCUCAUGUGCCAAACCCCUUCACCCCACUCUGUGUGGCUAGCACGUGGCCAUGCUAAUAGUGCCAGCAGCUGAGCCUGGGUCUGUGUUCCAGACUGUACAGGAUGCAUCUGUAAUAGCCCUGCUCUGGUGCCAGGACUGCUGUGCUGGGGACCAACUGUUUCCACAAGUAUCUGCCCUACACUCCCCAGGCACAGGGGCUGUCACUCUGUCUGCAUUGCUGCUGGGGUGAGGAGCUUAUUACAAGCGUCUUGGCUCUGAUGAGUUGGUGCUGGGGAAAAGGAGGCAUCUUUCAGUGAUCCAGCUACGGAAAAUGAUCCUGGCUGCUGCCUGCCUCUGUCUGCUCAUGCAGCCCUUUCCUCUAGGGGUUAUCAGUGCUGCUGAAUUAUGACUUUUGCGGAAGCCUUGCAAUAUUGGGUGUGACAUUCUCCCCCCUGCCCCCUCCCUUGAAACUCCCUGCAUCAUGUGCUGUCAGAGGACUCUCAGCUUUUGUUUUAAAGAAAGUUUCUAGCCUUCCUGGUUGUGGAGAAAAAGCCUAAAGGCUCAGAGACCAGCAUGUUUGUGGAAAAACCCUAAGUCAGAGCCCUCUUGAUGUGGGGGGACAGACUGAUGAUUUUUGAAGGCGGGUGGGUGUGUGUGGUGAGGGAGGAGGCCACACUGGGCUGGGAAUGGACCUUUUCAUUAGUACAUCACUACAAACUAUAUGAAGCUCCAUGCACCUGUUGCUUGGAGUGUCACCUACCACUGACCUUUCACCUGCUUUCCUGGUGAUGUGGGACCGGAAUGCCGCCUGUGUCACGGGCACACACAGUCUGAGCAGGCACCCUGGGGGCUGUAGAGCUGCCAGCAGACUAUGCCCUAGAGCCAGAGAGGGCUAUUUGGCCGCUAUUGUAAUGCGACUCCUACACCAACUGCGCCCAGUGGCUGAAGCCUUCAGGUGUGCCGAGGUUGCAGUUGCCCAUGGACCUCUCUCACUUUUGUUUGUUUGGAUUGGGCUGUGAAAGCUAAAGCAGCCCUUGCACUUCUGUUCGUGGCAGUGGGCAGCACUAAGGCUGUGGGAUUGGUGUAAAUAGUGUGGUGGGAUUGUCACUGGCAGUUGAUAAAGGCAAUCUUGGAGAAGUGGCUGUGUUCUCUGGUGGGUGUGUGCAGCUGCCUUGCUUCUUAAGGGCAAACUGCACCAACUUCGGUGUGUCUGUUUUUUAACCUAUAGCACUUUUCCCUUUUCUUCCUCUUCCCCUCCCCUUACAAAAUAUAAAAACGUGGGUGUAGCUAGGUAAGUUCUGUGGUGCCCUGAAGCGCUGUGCAGAGGCCAAUGGCAGUAACAAAGGAUCUGCUGUCUAGGAGAUGUUUACAGGCAGCCUUCAUCACUGUCUAACUACAGUAAACUGCCCUGUGCAACCCAGCACAUGAUCACCUAUGACUUGCACCCAGUGCAGGCUGUGUCUGAGGCAUGAAAAAAGCAUCUGUCACCAAAGCGACUUUUGUUUGUGUCCCUCAAACAAUAAGAGCCUAUUUUAAAAAUAUCAACUUCUGGAUCCCACAAAGCUUGUCUGAUAAGGUCCCCUGUCCCUGAGCAUGUCAGCUUAGGUGAGUGGAAGCUUGAGGGUUUGUUGAGGGUCCUGGCUCUGGGGGCAGGUCAUGACCCCUUUAUGGAGGAAGCCAUGGGGCCAAAGCAGCUCCAGACAAGACACCUCCUUGGCAACAAAGUAACAUCUACAGCCUGAGGGCCUCUUAUUUUCAUGGUAGUAACUAAAGAAGAGUUGCGGGUCAGCAGAUAAUCAGCUGAAUAUGAGCUCCGUGUGUGCUACUCUGGCCAAAAGGACUACUGUAAUCCUGAGAUGCAUAAAUAGGGACCUUUUUAAGUAGGAGUAGGCAGGAUAUGGCACUGGAAUUGUGUGUCCAGUUGUGGUGUCUACAGUUUAAGAAGGAUGCUGAUAAAUUGGAGAAGGGAGGAGAAGAACCAUGAGAAUGAUUAAAGGAUUCGAGAACAUGCUACUGAUAGACUCAAGGAGCUCAAUCUUAACAGAUCAAUAAGGGGUGAUUUGAUUCCAGUCUAAAGUACCUACAUAGGGAACAACUAUUUAAUAAGGAGCUCUUAAGCCUAGCAAACAAAGGUAUACCAUGCUAAAAUGGCUGGAAAUUGAAGUUAAAUUCAGGCAGCUUAUAAAGUAAUUUUUUUUACAGUGACAGUAAUUAAUCAUUGGAACAACUUACCAAGGGUUGUGGCGGAGUCUCCAUCACUGGCAGUUGUUAAAUCAAGGUUGGAUGUUUUUCUUAAAGAGUUGCUGUAGGAAUUUUUUUGGACAUGUUCUUGGCUACUGCUCAGGACCUGCUACUGCCUGGUCCAGGGGUUGCAAAUUAGGAGGGGUGGGGUUUUGGGUUGAAAACACUCAUGAUUUGCUUAUUCCUUGCUUGGGGGUACAGAGCACAGACAUGAGCCCCAGGUGAUACCAGAGUGGCCCUUUUGAUUUUUUUCAUUGGCUUCUUCCUUGCUUAUUUGCAAUGACUUGGCUGCCCAUGCACCUGUCACCAGUCCAGGGAUGGUUGCGAAUUAGGAGGGGUGUGGCUUUCGGCUGAAAACACUCACUAUUUGCUUCUUCCUUGCUAAUGUGCAAUUGAUUUAUUUGAUGAUUGAGGGGUGCUGUUUCAUUUUGUGGGUGAGUAUGUGAAAAGGGAGGAGAGACUUGGGGGUACAGAGCACAGACAAGUGCCCAAGGUGAUACCCGAAUGGCGAAUUAGGAGGGAUGCGGCUUUCUGAAAAAUCAAUAUAGCGCUAUGAAAUGUUGAUUGUUAUGACCACCACUCAAAAUGUACAUUUUUAUUUAUUACUUAAUGUCAAUAUUUUAAUCCAGUCACUGGUUUGAACAUUUUUUGCUUUUGUGAGUCAUAUUUUCUCAAAUUUUUACUGUAGCUGUAUAUAAAAAUACACAUUUCAUUUAACUGGUCUAUCAAUAGCAACCAUUCACCCCAUUCUAAUUUUUUGGUGCUUAAAGAUAUUUUUGAUAUAUAGUCACCAUUACAGAACCAAACCUGUGAGAUGUCCCACUUUAGGGGUAUUAAGAGAAGUCUGCUACGUAACAUAAUUCCACUCUUCCUGUUAUUUUCACAUGCACCUUGUGAGUCCAUAGUACAUGGGAGAAAGUUAUUACCUGACUCCUUCAUUAGAAUAAUUGCUGUUUGUCUUCUAAACAUCGUAUUAGCCUCUUGUGUUGUUUCUACCGUACCGAUGUCUUUCUGCUGCAAAUACAUUUCUGCAAACUAACAACGCUUCUAUUUAGGAAAAAAACAUCAUAAUUACCAGAGGUGAAAGUGGGCUGGUCCAGCAUACCGGUAAGAACUGGCCACCGGUCCAGCCCGUACACAGCUGAUGUUACAGUGCUGCUGUGGCAGCGCUUUAUGCUUUAAUGUCACUGCCCCCUUUACCUCCCCCUGCAUCAGUGGCCCUGCCAUAGGGUCUGGCAGCACUUUUGGAUGCUAUCAGCAGGGCCGCCGACAGUGGGGGAGCAAAGGGGGCUGCCCUGGGUUCCGGCGACUUACAAGGGCCUGGUGCUCCUAGCUGCCGCAGCAGCAGCAGCUGUCAGGAAGGGCUGGUGGGGGGAAUCUGGCCCCCACACCUUCUGCCAGAGACCCCACCCCUUCUGGGGGCCACGAGCCCACCCCACACAUCUUGGCAAGGACACCGGUGCAGUGCAGUGUAAUCUCCGGCGUUUACUUUCAACCCAGAUAAUUACACAUAAAUAACAAAUGGUUAUGGCAAUUUGGUAUUCAAUACCUUUAAUCUGAGUGGUCCGCAGUUGUGGCCAUCACUUUGUCUGGUAUGCUGAACAAUUUUACUCUUCCAGUCAGAUGAGGAUUUGCUAGUUAAUAGUUUUGAUGAAGUAUCUGAAAUUUUUAAAGUACAUUAGCGGAUUGCAUAAAUGAGCUUUUCUUCCCCCACCCCCUGGUUUCUAGACAUAAAUACAAAUCCACUCUAUUUAAUUAAUUAUUGCAGUGACUUACUGCAUGUGUGUGUGUAUAUAUGUGUAUGUGUGUGUGUGUGUGUAUAUAUGUGUAAGGUAGAAUCGUAGAAUAUCAAGGUUGGAAGGGACCUCAGGAGGUCAUCUAGUCCCACCCCCUGCUCAAAGCAGGACCAGUUCCCAAUUUUUUCCCCAGAUCCCUAAAUGGCCCCCUUACGAAUUGAACUCACAACCCUGGGUUUAGCAGGCUAAUGCUCAAACCACUGAGCUAUCCCCCUAGCUUUUAUAUUAUUGUCUCACUCUUACACCGUGUAUCACCUGAUUUGCUUUGCUGGCUAGAUUGUCGGGCUCAACGGGUAGUGAUCAAUGGCUCCAUGUCUAGUUGGCAGCCGGUAUCAAGUGGAGUGCACCAAGGGUCGGUCCUGUGGCCGGUUUUGUUCAAUAUCUUCAUUAAUGAUCUGGAGGAUGGUGUGGAUUGCACCCUCAGCAAGUUUGCAGAUGACACUAAACUGGGAGGAGAGGUAGAUACGCUGGAGGGUAGGGAUAGGAUACAGAGGGGCCUAGACAAAUUAGAGGAUUGGGCCAACAGAAAUUUGAUGAGGUUCAACAAGGACAAGUGCAGAGUCCUGCACUUAGGAUGGAAGAAUCCCAUGCACUGCAAGAGACAAGGGACCGAAUGGCUAGGCAGCAGUUCUUCAGAAAAGGACCUAGGGGUUACAGUGGACAAGAAGCUGGAUACGAGUCAACAGUGUGCUGCUGUUGCCAAGAAGGCCAAUGGCAUUUUGGGAUGUAUAAGUAGGGCUCUUGCCAGCAGAUCGAAGGACGUGAUCGUUCCCCUCUAUUCGACAUUGGUGAGGCCUCCAUCUGGAGUACUGUGUCCAGAUUUGUGCCCCACACUACAAGAAGAAUGUGAAAAAAUUGGAAAGUGUCCAGCAGAAGGCAACAAAAAUGGUUGGGGGACUGGAACACAUGACUUAUGAGGAGAGGCUGAGGGAACUGGGAUUGUUUAGUCUGCAGACGAGAAGAAUGAGGGGGGAUUUGAUAGCUGCUUUCAACUACCUGAAAGGGAGUUCCAAAGAGGAUGGAUCUAGACUGCUCUCAGUGAUAGCAGAUGACAGAACAAGGAAUAAUGGUCUCAAGUUGCAGUGGGGAAGGUUUAAGGCUGGAUAUUAGGAAAAACUUUUUCAUUAGGAGGGUGGUGAAGCACUGGAAUGCGUUACCUAGGGAGGUGGUGGAAUCUCCUUCCUUAGAAGUUUUUAAGGUCAGGCUUGACAAAGCCCUGGCUGGGAUGAUUUAGUUGGGUAUUGGUCCUGCUUUGAGCAUGGUGUUGGAUUAGAUGACCUCCUGAGGUCCCUUCAAACCCUGAUAUUCUAUUCUAUGAUUCUAUGAACACCGUCCCCAACAUCAAAGGAUAUUUCCCCAUAUUUAGAAGUCUUUCUUUAGCAUAAUGUCUUUGUUGUUCUUGUGCUUUGGAAAUGUUACUUAGAGCCAGUGCACUGUCAGCAUCAUGUCUCAAUUUCAUAUUUAUGCUGUACUCUUUGCAGAAAUCUUCCCCAAAUGUAUUCAUAUCUGGGAUCUUUGUAAACAAAUGGAGAAGGGGUUGUAUUUGUAAAAUGAAGACACACUGAAUGCCAUGUGUACAUGAAAGGUGCCGGUAAUAACAUGUUUAUUAUGUAUGUAUUAUGUGUAAUUCUCUGAGACUUCUUCUGGAAACACUGGGUCAUCACAAAACAUUAGUCGAAAGGGUGACAUUUUUGUUGUGGCAUGUACUUUUAGUUCGCAAAGAAAACACAGUGGGCUCAGGUAAUUCAUCCCAAUUACUCCCAUUGUCAUCAACCAUCUUCCGCAAUGCUCUGUAACAAAUGCUUAUUGAUUUGUUUGUUUAAAAAAAAAAAGUACGGUCUUCACUGAAACAGAUUUUCAUUAAGUAUUAUACCUUUUUGAAUUAUGUAUAAAGACCUCCAGCGUAACA